AAUUGCCAUUGGGAAAGCAAUAAGGCGUUCGACAUGGUGUUUGUAAAAGUUGCCCACAGAUAUAGUCAGGCCAUGUUUUCAUUUGGAAGGAACAAAGUGGUUCAUCACCUCCUUAAGUCCUGUGGAAUGUCAACAGCUAAUCCUGCUGCUCAGGAAUCCAAAAUGCAUUACUUGUUGCUGAUAAUUCCAAUAUCAACAUUUGGCCUGGGAACAUGGCAGGUCAAGAGAUUGCAAUGGAAGAAAGGAUUGAUCAAGGAUCUUGAGUCCAGGACAACUGAACCAGUUCGAGAUCUUCCAGAAAAUAUUGAUGAACUUAGAUCAAAAUUUCUGGAAUAUCGACGAGUCCUGGUGCAAGGAACAUUUGAUCAUGCAGAGGAAAUCCAUUUGGCACCAAGGUCACUCAAUGAAGGUGCACAUGGAGGAGGGAGUCUCGGAAGAAAGCCAAAAUCUGGUGCUCAAAUCAUCACACCAUUUGAAAUCUCUGGAACAGGGCAAAGAAUCUUGGUCAAUAGGGGUUGGGUGCCUAUGGACAAAAUCAGACCUGAAAAAAGACAAGAAGGACAGAUUGAGGGUGAGACGUCUUUGGUUUGCUUCAUCAGACAAGGAGAGAAGCGACAGCCAUUUCAGGCAAAAAAUAAUCCAGAAAAUAACAAGUGGUAUUCCCGAGAUGUGGAUGCUAUGGCGGAAGUUACAGGCAGCUUGCCAAUUUUAGUUGAUGCUGAUGCUGGUAUUCGUUGUCCGCCUUUACUGCCUACAUGUACUACAGGUUAA